AUGAGAUCAUUAGAGAAGUUGAAAGAGGUGGCCUCGCUAAAAAAGAAAUUGCUACAAGGAAUCAGUCCAUCACGAAAACGUCACCGGUCCGUUCCGCAUGAGACUGUAGAUGCGGCAUUAUUAGAGUGGUUCAAUGAAAAGAGACAGGAAAACAUUCCAAUAAGCGGUCCCAUACUCCUUCAAAAAUCAGAAGACCUUGCCAAGAAAUUAGGAGACCACAGUUUCAAAUCCAAUACAGGGUGGCUGGAUCGCUUUAAAAAUCGACAUGGAAUCGUGUGCCGUGCGAUAACUGGAGAGAGCGCAAUCGUUGAUCCUAAAAGCGUUGACGAAUGGAAGGAGAAGCUGCCGCAGAUCUUACAAGAUUACGAUCCUAAAGAUAUCUUCAAUGCAGAUGAAACCGGGCUAUUUUACAAACUUCUACCGGACAGAACUCUACAAAUGAAAGGUGAAAAGUGUCAUGGGGGGAAAAGAUCAAAGGAGAGAUUAACGCUCAUGGUUGCGUCAAAUAUGAACGGGACAGAGAAAUUACCCCUGCUAGUCAUUGGAAAAUUUGAAAACCCUCGAUGUUUUAAGGGGGUAAAAUCGCUUCCCGUAACCUACAGAGCCAACAAAAAAGCGUGGAUGGUUAGUUCUAUUUUUGAAGAAUGGAUACGAACUCUUGACCGCAGAUUUCUAAAAGAAAAACGUAAGGUGCUUUUAUUUGUUGACAACUGUGCAGCCCACCCGAGAGUCCCUAAUCUCAAAUCCAUCACUCUGAAAUUUCUCCCUCCAAAUACAACGAGCAUACUACAACCAAUGGACCAGGGUAUAAUCAACAAUUUGAAAAUCAAAUAUCGUCAGCGCCUGAUAAAAUACAUACUUCAGUGUGACGAAAAGAAAAUGGAACCAAACAUCAACGUGUUGAUAUCAAUUAGAUUUCUUAAGUCGGCUUGGAGUGAUGUUAGCGUGUCAUGCAUUUCAAACUGUUUUAGAAAGGCAGGUUUUGAGGACAAAAGCGCAGAAGUUAUUGAUGAUUGUGAUGAUGAGUUCGAAGAAGAUGAUGACAUUCCAUUAGCAUUGUUUGCUCAGAAAUUUAACGGAUCCUUCGAUGAUAUUGUUCGUGUGGACGAAAACCUGAUCAGUGUUGAGACAAGAUCCGAAGAUGACAUCGUUAACGAUAUUCUUGGAAACUCACAAACUGAAUCAGUUAGCACGGAAAGUGACAAUGACGACGAAAUCAUAGAUUCAACAGAAUUCCCAACUUUUGAUGAUGGUAAAAACUCUAUUCACACCUUGAGGCGAUGUUUAGAAGCAAGUGCAAAUGUUCCAGAGGUUUUCUUUACCUACCUCUGUGAAAUUGAGAAGUUCGUGAAUGUCAGUAAAACAAAACAGUCAACUAUUCACGAUUACUUUAACAAUGCAUAA